GUGUUCGGGGAUCACCUGAACGCAGCAUCAACCGGCUCAUUGCUGCUGACUACUAGCCGUUGCUCGUCGAAACAGCUGGUGGUUUCUGUCAGCGAAACACCUUGCUUGCUCCGAAAAGCCACAUUUAGCGCUAUGGGGGGUACAAUUUAGACUCUGAGGACACUUCAUUUUACACGGCUUGUUUCCCUGGUGGUGUUCCGCUGGACCUCAAGAGAUGCCAUGCCUUGAAAUCGACUUUGUGAGACACUUGUUAGCCAGCGAAGUUGACGCUCGAGCGGCGGCUGCUAACGCUAGCUAGGCUAACUUAGCACUCCAGCGGUUUCCUGUUUGCUAGCUUGUUGCCGGGCUGUCAAUCAUGACUCAUAUACAUUACAAAUUCUCCUCCAAACUCAGCUACGACACGGUGGUGUUCGACGGGCCGCACAUCACGCUGACGGACCUGAAGGAGCAGAUUAUGGGCAGAGAGAGGCUGAGAGCCGGGUGCGACCUGCAGAUCACCAACGCGCAAACAAAAGAAGAAUAUACGGACGAGGGAGGCGUCAUCCCCAAAGGCUCCUCCGUGAUCGUCAGGAGGGUCCCCGGAGUCCGUAGUGGUCCAGUCAAAAAGACUCACAACAUCGAGCGAUUAGAUGUCCACAGCCACCUCGCCCCUGGAGCCGGCAGAGCAAUGGAUGACCACAGUGCCACCAAAGCCCUGCCUUUGUUCUCCAAGAUGGUGAACCUGGCUGCCGCCGACGUAUCGGAGGAUGAUAAAAUCAAAGUGGUGAUGAAUCAGUCCUCAUACGAUCCCAUGAAUUACAACAAACAUUUUGCUGCACCGCUACCUUCGAACUACACCUGUUACCGCUGUGGGAAUACCGGGCACCACAUCAGGAGCUGUCCAACCAGUGGGGAUAAAUCCUUCGAAGCCCCCCCGAAGAUGAAGAAGAGCACAGGCAUCCCUCGUUCCUUCAUGGUGGAGGUGGACGACCCCAACACGAAAGGAGCCAUGCUGACUAGCUGUGGACGUUAUGCGGUUCCCGCCAUUGAUGCUGAAGCGUACGCCCUCGGGAAGAAGGAGAAGUACCCGUUUCUCCAUCAGGAGCCCGAGAAAGAAGAGGAACGAGACCCCGUUCCCGAAGAACUCCAGUGUCUGAUCUGUCAUGACCUCCUCGUGGACUCGGUGGUCAUUCCGUGCUGUGGGAACAGUUACUGCGACGAUUGUAUUCGCAACGCCUUGCUGGAGUCGGAGGGACACAUCUGUCCCACCUGUAACCAAUCCGAUGUCUCCCCCGACACACUCAUCGCCAAUAAAUUCCUCCGACAGGCUGUGAAUAAUUACAAGAAAGAGAAAGGCUACACCAAAAGUCUAGGAAGGAAGUGUGCCCCCCCCCAGUCCCUCCCUGCAGUGCCAACACCAAGCACCGUGCCUUCUGCUCCUCCACUAGGGACCAACCAACAGCAGAAGAUCCAACACAUGAACCCCAGACAGCAGGCGGAGGUUCCGCAUCCCGGCGCUCAUCCUGCAUUCAGCGUGCCAAUACAACCUUCCACUGAGACAGAAACUGAGACCGGAGCUUAUUCAGCCCCCGACGUCCCUUCCCUGCUGCCGUCAAUCAAACCCCCCACCAAUGCGCCAUCCCAAGCAGUGACGCUAGUCCACACCGAGGCAAAGCAACCAUCGUCUUUAGGUCAAACGUCAGCCAUCGUUUACAGCUCCACCUCAUCCUCCGUUUGUCCCCCUGGAGGGACAGCUGAACCCCAGCAGCUCCCUCCCGCCCCGUCCUCAAAUCCACCCGCCCCGCCACCCCUUUUCCCCAGCCACCACUUCCACUCGUUCCACUCUGGUCCCCCACCCGGACACCCAGGGGCACCGCCCAGUUGGACUCACCCGACCCCUCAGGGCGCCCCCAUCCCUCCCCUCGUCCCCUCCUCCUCCUCCUCCUCCAUCCCUUCGCUCAUCCAGAGGGAAUGGUUCAACCAUCAUCCACACAGCAAGGAAAGGUCUCCACGCACGCGGUCCACCCGAAGGCGCUCUUCUCGGUCUCGGUCCAGGUCCAAGUCAUCUCGCUCUUCAAGCAGAUCUAGUCGGUCCCGGUCCAGAUCCAAUGGCAGAUCAAGGCCCAGGUCUCCCUACUCCCAUCACAGAGUCCCCCACGGUCGCUCUCAUCCGCCACGCUCCUACAGCUACGGUUACAAGAGGUCCCGCUCGCCCACACCCUCCUCCUCGUCGUCACCCCGUCGGGGUCCCCAUUCCAAGUCCCACUCAGAUCAGCGGCGAAACCGCCAUCACGGCAAAAGAUCUUCUCACGGCAGCCACAAAUCCAGCAGACGAUCAGACCGCUCACCGCCAUCGGGGAGGCCCGAGGGCGACCCGGGUCAGACCGAUUACUACCAGCAGUGGAAAAUACAAUACAAAGAAUGGUAUGAGAAGUAUUUCAGCAGUUACGUCAGCCACUUCCACCAGCUGCCGCCGCCCCUCAUCUCCCUCCCUCCUCCCCCAAACCCCUUGUGGGCGGAUCGAGCGGAGAACCAACCCAGCCACACGUCGGACCCGUUGAACCCGACCCAGCAUAUGCACACCACAUUAACGGACCGCCGUUCCCCUCCGUCUCAGUUGUCCACGGAGAGUCGCUCGCAGUCAUCCAGCGAGGGUCGUUCGCCCCGGUCCGCAUCUUCCAGUGACUGCAGCUCCCCUCCCUCCGUCUCCCCUAGAGACCCGUGCUCGCUGCCUUCCGGAGACUCCGAAAAGGAGGCGACUAGUUCCCACUUGGAACGUGAGCUGAAGAGGAUCAGAAAGAGCGUCCCAGGAAACGACACUCAUUCACCCGAUGCCGCCCACUCCACGGACAAGCGGCGACGUAUGGAAUCGACCGCAACCGAUGACAAAAUUCCACAGAAAUCUAAGAAAAAAGACAGAGAGAAAGAAACACAUCACCGGAAAAGUGACCAAAACGGUAAAAGACGCAAAGAUUCCCAUCCUGGACGGGAUGAGGAGAAACGCCGUCAUGUCAAGCCCAGGAGAGAUGCUCACAGAACGGGUGAAGACACCCACCCUGAAGGCAGCAAAGCUUCUAAACCCCACAGAAAGAAAGAGAGAGCGACUGAGAACGAAAACCAUAAAGAGCCAAGUCAUACCGGAACAUCCGGGAGCAGCCGCAGGAGCACGGAAGCCGACCUGGAACCCCCCAGGAGUGGCAAAAGGGAUAAAAACGCGGGAAAGAAAUCCCCGCCCAGCCGAGUGACGGACAUCUGGGAGGGGGGGGUGAAGGUGAAACCACAGAAGAAAAUCAGCAUCAACAUCAACCUGGACAGGAAGAAACAACCUGAAGAAACAACCGGAAUACAGGAAGUGGAGAGUGGUGUGGAAAAGGCACAGGAAGUCACGGAGGCGAGUGGCGAAAUUCCCAACAGGGAACAGCAGCAAGGAACUCAACUCCACCAAGAAGAUGUCGGUCUCACAGGGGAGAAGGUAACCGCAGACGGGGGCAAUUGCAGAGAAGACGAGGCGUUUACAGGUCAGGAUUUUCCAGUAGCGGAUGACGGAGACGGGAGACAUGAUGAGGAAAACAGGGAAAUAAUGGAACACGAUGCGUUUAUUGCGACGACCGAAAAGGAAUCCACUGAACAAAACUGUGAAAACCCGACAGCAGAGUGGAAACCCGACGAAGAACCGAUGGAGGAAGUGACGAUGGAGAAUAUGGCCGACUGGAAGAGCGAGGAGGCUAACAGCAGCCCUCCCAUGAUGCACUGCCCAGCACGUGAGGCGUGUCCGGAGGGAGGGGUUGACGUGACGACACCCCCACAGCACCACCACCACCCUCAUCACGAAGACCUGGGCAGACCGGAACUCAUACAGGUUCCCCUCCUCGAAUGUGAUGAGAAAGAAGACGCUGAUGUUCUCCCCCCAUCAGCGAUAGCAGACCAGAAGGAGGCAAAGCUGGAAACCCCCAGAGAAGAGGAGGUGCAGAGUGAUGAAGCAAUAGGAGGCCUCACCGACAGUGUUGAGUGUUGUUUGGCUCCCUCUAGUGGUCCAGACGGGAGUGGCAGCAAGGACACAAUGGAGCACGAGACUGCAACCAACACCUUGGGAGAUCAUGACAAAGCCGAGAAUGGGAAUAAUGAAAUCACGGAGGACAAAAAGAGCGACACAGAACAGGAAGUCAACCCAGAAGAGAGCAAAGAAGCUCCCACAGAUGUCCCAGAGGCCCAUCUAAGUGAACCCAUGAAGCAGCUUGGUCUUGUUAUGGAUGUGGAAUGUAAAACCACAAAGGAGGACCGGGGCCACCACCUCCUCCAUCAUUUUGAUCAUGGAGACCCCGAGGGUACAAACCACAACCAAAAUGAAGCUGCUUCAACACUCCGCUUUCAAACCUCGGGAACCUCAGGAACCCCAGAGCCGAGCUUGUCCAGGACUAGCACAUCUGGUCAGCUUCUAAAUCCUUCCGAGGAGCCCAAGCACCAAGGAAUCCGAAGCAGACACUCAGACAAACCUGGACCCAGACCUGUGAGCAGAGAGGAGCAAUGGAAGAGGUACAAGUUGGAAAAAAUGUUGAAGGAACACCAGCAGGAGAGCUCAAACGACGGAGACCCAGGUGGACGUCACGGCCCAAAUGACACCCCGAGGCCUGUCAGUGACAACAGCAACAAGCCGAGCUCCUCCUCAUCAUCAUCAAAUGUGAAGCACAGCGAAGAUGACGUCAGACCAAAGAAGCACAAGAAGGAGAAACGUCACCACAUAGAAGAACCGGAGAAGAAACACAAAAAGUCCAAGAAAAGACACCAAGACCGCUUCUAGUUAUCUUCUGUUCUGCUUAAAGUGCCUGCUGAGAAAUACAAUGCACAUCCCCAACCUUGCGCAACACCGCCACCUGGUGGCCGUUUUCUUCUAAACCCGGAAGAGAAAAUGUUACAUAGGACGAUUUAAUUUAGCUAACACUGUAUGCAAACCAGUAGGAAAGAAAUACGUGAUUAUUUAUUAAUUCCACCUUUGUUGGGUUUUCCUUAUUUGUAUAUUUCGUUUAAAAAAAGGCUAAUUACAUGCUGCUAAUGAGUUACCAGAGGAUUUUUUUUCUUUUUCUUCCUGUUUUGAAGGAAAUAAAGAAUACUUGUCUAUGAA